CUGCGGCGUAGCCUCAGUGCCGGCGCAGUGGCCGGGCCAUCGUGUCCUGCGCUCAGAUCUCGCGGAAAAUCUCAAAAGAUUCUCUCAUCUCUCCCAACCAAAAAAAAAAAAAAAAAAUCAUUUCCAUUUUUAUUUUCCCCCAAAAAAUUUAUAUAUUUAUCAAAAAUUAAAAAAAUUAUUUUUUUAUUCUCAAUCCUUUUUUUCUCUAACUCUUACUCUUUCUCUUGAUAAUCAAUUAAAAUUAUAAUCAUUCAUACCAUCUAAUUGUGAAUUUCUCGUGGUGAUCAACAAGAGUUUCCCUGGGCUUUUGCUUUAGUGCGGGUGAACGAACCAUCUUGUCGCGGAAUUGAGGUGCUUUUACCAAAAGAGGGUGUUUUUUUGUGUGAUUCGAAAUUUGCGUUUGUGGUCUUUUGCGACCAUUUUAUAUAUAUAUUUUAUAUGUAAAAAAGAAAGAGCAAAAAAAAAAAUUACAUAACUCAGUGAAUUGAAAAAAAAAGAAAACAAAACAACAUCAUAUAUAGUGAUUGUAUAGAGGGGGGAAAAAGUGGAAAAAGGACGAAACACGCGAGGUGGGAGCCAUGCCGCCCGGGCCAAUCUCUUCUCAAGCUUGCAGGAUGAUCCUCGUGAUAUCUCUCCAUCUUCGACCUCGGAAUCUAACACUUUGCCUUUCUUAAGGUGAGAAACUGUGGAUUGGAGGGCCGGAAUUCGGCCCCAGGAGUGGCCUGGGGGUUACCCUGGGGACCCGGAAAUUGAGGAAGUGGCUAGGAGAAGUGGUGUUGAGAGGAGGAGGAGAACGCUAUGAACGCCAGCGUUAAUGUCGAGAGGAAUUCCUGGCGGCUACCUCCCGACGAGACCGUCCAGGUCGCCGAUCCACGAUCAAAAUCUGCUCAGGUAAAAGAGGAUCUCACGUAUGGCGAAAGUGGUCACAAUUGGCGAAGUAUCAUAUUCUCCCUUUUGGUUAUUGGCAUGAUUAUCGCUGGCAUUGUUACAGCAAUCUACCUCCUUGGAUACGUCGAUGAACUUUUGUAUUGGAGCGGAAAGCGUUUGUCAUUGGAGGAUUGUUUACGAGGAGAUCUGACACCACAUAGACUACCACCGUCAUGGAUUUCUCACGACAAGUUCGUUUAUCAAGCAGACGAUGGUUCUCUCACUUUACUGGACACUUCCAAUAACACGGUGUCACUUUUAGUAUCCAACCACACGCUGAGGCAGCUUAAUGUUCAAGGAUACCAAUGCAGUUCUGACUUGCGCUACGUGCUUUUUAAACACAAUGUUAAACCAGUAUUCCGGCACACCUUUACUGCUCAUUACACGGUGUACGACGUCACAAACGACCAUCAUAUGCCACUUCGCCUCCACAGUUUUUCGAAGCUCUAUCAGACGCGCCUUCAGCAUGCGUCCUGGCUUGGGAACACGACAACCCUCCUCAUGAUAUCGGAGAACGACAUUUAUCUGAGAAUCUCGCCUUCGGCCACGGAGGACGCUCGCUUGACAGACACUGGAGUGCCAGGAGUAGUGUACAACGGUGUUCCCGAUUGGCUUUAUCAGGAAGAAGUUUUACCAAGACCCGAGGCAAUAUGGUCAAGUCCAGAUGGAUCGCAUAUUCUCUUUGCGAGUUUCAAUGACACCAAAGUCACUGAACUCGAGUUCCCAUGGUUUGGAACACAAAUCGGUCAAAAUGGCUUUGGUGGUAUUCCAACGACGGCCACUAAGCGAGGCACUUUCCCACCAUCACGAACCAUCAGAUAUCCCACUCCUGGUUCACCAAAUCCCGAGGUUGAUCUCUGGAUAAUUGACAUAAAUAAUAACACCAGUUUUACCAAUGUUACCAAUACAAUGCAACCUAUAAAAAUGAGACUAAGACCACCUCCUGCAUUAGAUGGACAGGAAUAUUAUAUCAUCUCAGCUGGAUGGAUAGGUGAGGAUUCUUUGCAAGUUGCGGUGGUUUGGAUGACAAGGUCGCAGAACUUGUCUGUAGUAUCAGCCUGUCGAGCACCAAACUGGGAGUGUGAGGAAACUCACACGGAAAGGGCUCCGGAAGGCCAGUGGCUGGACGCUCAACCGCAUCCCGUUUUCGCACCCGAUGGAGACAGUUUCCUGCUCCUGGCAUCUGUACAAGAGGGAAGCCAAGAACACUUCACUCACAUUAAACAUGUCACCCUGACAGAGAAGAGGAUCGCUGUUCUAUCUCACGGUCGUUAUGAGGUCAGUGAAAUUCUCUCAUGGGACACCUCAUCACAUUUAGUUUAUUACUUAGGAACUAGGGAAAAUAAACCAGGUCAAAAACAUCUUUAUGUAGUGCGAGAUCCAAAAGCCGAUAAUUCUCGACAUUCGGAACCAUUGUGCAUCACUUGUGAUCUUGGGGAGGCUCUAUGGAGUAGUCGAUUAUACUACACAAAUUGCACACACUUUGGUGCAUCCGUGAAUCCCCCAGUGGAAGAUAAUGGUCAAGGAUUUUAUGUCCUGCACUGUGAAGGUCCUGGCCUCCCUCUAGCUGGUGUUCAUUCUGUAACAACUCACAAAAUGGUACGAGUCCUUUAUGAUACCAGAAUACAGCGUGGGGACCGACUAUCACAACUGGCACUUCCAACGAGAAGAAGCUUUGAGAUAACAUUGCCCCAAGGGUGGAGCGCGCAAGUGCAGCUUUUGUUGCCACCGUCUUGGAGAGAAGAGCUUCGAGACGCCGCAUUUCCGGUACUGGUUGAGGUGAAUGGCCGACCUGGUAGCAAAGCGGUCACGGACAAGUUCAGUAUAGAUUGGGGUACAUAUAUGUCGAGUCAUAAUGACGUGGUGUACGUCAGACUCGAUGUCCGUGGCGCUCGAGGACAAGAAAAACGAGCCCUCUUUCGAAAACUCGGCGGUGUCGAAGUUCAAGAUCAAAUCACUGUACUUAGGCACCUACUAGAAACUCUCAAGUACUUGGAUGAAUCGAGAGUUGGGGUUUGGGGAUGGGGUUACGGUGGAUAUGUAACUGCAAUGAUGCUUGGUAGUCAGCAGGAUGUUUUCAAAUGUGGCGUCUCUGUCAAUCCAAUCGCCGAUUGGCUCUACUUCAACUCGGCUUUUACGGAACGCGUUUUAGGAGCACCAGCAGAUAAUUUUAAGGGCUAUGUGGAGGCUGAUUUGACACAACGUGCCAGACUGGUGCCAAGUAAUAGUCUUUAUCUUCUUCACGGCUUAGCCGAUCUUACAGCGCCUUACACGCACGGCGUUGCCUUUGCAAAGGCUAUGUCUGAGGCAGGAGUGAUCUUCAGAUAUCAGAGUUAUGCUGACGAAGAUCAUGCCCUGUCUGGUGUGCUCGAGCACGCCUAUCGUUCCAUGGAGGAUUUCCUGGCCAAUUGCCUCGUUUUGGAUCCCUCCUAGUGCCUCAAAACCCAUUACUUCCUCGUUAUCGACGCCGCACUUGCUUCUAUGAUCAGAAAAGAAACAUCAACAAAACCGUCGCCAAAGGAGUCUCGCGCGGAAGAAACGAUGGGAUGAAGAAUCGUGAUUUUUAAUGAAUUGUCGACGUGAAAUGUUUAUUAAAAACAAAAAAAAUCGAACUUGCACCUUCCAAGUUUCUUCUAAUUAUUAAUAGUAUAAGAUCGUUUAUUGUUAAUGCAAUCAAAUUGAUGAAGAACGAGAGUGAAUGCUUUUAGAGAAAGAUUUAUAAGUUAAAAAAAAGAGACUAUCGUGUGUGUGUCUGCGUCAGAAAUGGAAAGGUGCGAAUAAAUUAAUUCUUAUGAAAACAGAAAAAAAAAACUAAUGAAAAAAAAGGGGAUUCUAUCAUAUUUGUACUAUAUCGUUAAAGCGUUGUAUACUCAUCAUGCAUCAUUAUACGAGCUCUCUUUGCUAUGGCAAAAAUUAUUCGCUUUUCUCACUGGAUCAUCACGCCAUACAUAAAUAAUCGACUUCAGAUUACCAAUCAAAAAAAGGAAUCUAUUUUUUCUUUAUUUUUCAUUUUACAUUUAAUCAUCAUAGGAAAAAAAUUUAUCUAAAACAAUGAAAAGUUUCACUAGAUUAGUGUGAAAGACUUAAGCGAAACAAUUAAAAUUUUUGCUCUUGUAAUGAAACAUUUCGCUGUUUCAGGUUAAUUAUUUUUUUUUUUUGUGAUUAAUAACAUCAAGUGUUUAUUAAACUGAAAUAUAUUAAAUUAAAUUAUAUAAAACUAAAAGACAUAGAAAACUAAGAUAAAUAAAACUCAAUAAUAUAUUAAAAUUAAAUAAUAAAAAAAUAAAACAUGAUCAUACAGUGUAAAAAAAUAUCAAAAAAAAAAGAUAAAAAUGAAAAGUAUCUGAAGUCGAUUUAAAAAAGAAUUACACAGCCAUUGAUGGGGAUGAUCCAGAGCCUAAAAAUCGUUGUACCAUCAGCCUCCGUUUUCUUAAAUAAAAAUAAUGCUAACCUAUGUUUUUACUGUACAGCUUUUACGCCUAAUACAAAUACUUACUAUAAUGUUUCGCGUCUAGAAAGUCGUUCCCCUUUGUCGACAUUAAACUAUACUUGUACAUAAUUGCCCCUCUUACUAUCAUACAUAUACACUAAAAAAAACCACACACACACACAACUGUCGAUCGACACAUCAAGCCGCACUCUCAGCAAAAAAAAAAAAAAUAAAUAAUAAAAAAAUAAAAUAAUCAGCAAUUCAAUUUUUAGUAGAGAUAGAAUUUUUCAAUCUUUCCACAAUCUAAUUUUGUUAUUUAUAAAAGUUGAUGAAUUUUAACAAAUUGUUGCGACUGCUAUUUGUUAUAUAGAAAAAUUUGAAAAUUGUUAUACAGUUGUAAGUUGUUAAUAAAGAUUAAUUUUUUUUUAGUUCACCUAUAAUAAAUAUGCAACUAAAAUGCGACACAUUAUAAUAUAUAUAUAUAUUAUCAGUUUGCUUUUUGUGAGAGAACGGUGUAAUUUUUUGGUCGACAAGGCGCGCUCUAAGAAUCGCACGCCAAAAAAAAAAAAAAAAAAAAAACUUAUUGCUGUACGCCAGCAGCCCUUAUAUGCCGACAAUCAAGGCUAGUGCAACUAAUCAAACAAUAAAAAAAAGAGAUACUAAUACCGAUAUUAUUAAUUAUUGUGAGGAAAACUAUGUCGUUCGAUCGUAAUGUAAUAUUAUUCACGCGAAGUUUCGGUCUUCGGUAAUCAAUCAUUGGAAAAAAAGUGACACAAUAACAACAAUAAAUUUAAUAGAUUUUUAUUAUUAAUAAAUUGUAACUUUUAAUAUUUUAUUAAAUUAAUAAUUAAUAAAUUUUUAUCUAUCUUUCAAAAAAUGUGAUAUGGUGCUUAUUAAUAUAGUACAAACUAAUAUCAUUUAAUUUGCUAUUUCAAUAAUAUUGCUUUCUCAUACACGAAAAAAAAAAAAUUGAAAAAUUCUCAAAUUUUUUUAAAAUUAAGAAUACUUGGAAAAGUUGAAUAUUUUUACUCAAAUAAAUUACUUUUUUCCAUAUUUCUUUAGUUAUUCAUACAAACGAGUUUAAAUAAAACGUUCUUUAUAUUAAAAUUUAAAAAACCUAAAUGAAAUAAACUUUUUGGAAUAAUUUUGAUAUUGAAAUAAAAUGUAUCAUUUUUUUCUAUGAUGAAAAAACUUUUUUUUAUAAUUUAAAAAUAUAUUACUCUACAUUUAUACUAAACUGUAUAGAAAGUGAUUGAAAUUAAAUAAUUGUUUAUUGAUAUAUCAAAUUAAUAAGAAACUGAUAAGAACAAUUAGGUAAAAAAAAAAUUUUUUUUAAUUGGUCACUAAAUAAUCAGGGUGUAAAAAAAGCCUUCGUGUCAUGAAACGUCCAGUUACCGAGCUUCGAGUGAUUGUGUGGAGAAAUAUUUACUUCAAUUAUAGUAAAAUUUAUAAAUUUAAAUAAUAAUUGAAAUUUUAUUAAAAUUAAUCAUUUUUAAUCUAUACCCACA